UACCGCGUAAAACCUUCGUUAUAAAAAGGAAAAAUUUAAAUAUCUACGUCGCAGAAGCGCUCUCGAAAAAUGUACCGAACAGUUUUGCUGGUGCUUGUAGGGCUUUUGUCGCAAAGCGGGCUCUCCGUGCCUGUACAAAAAUUCGAUCCUUCUCUCGAAGAAGAAAUUUUAGAAGUGGAGCCCCUGGAAGUUGCAGAAAUACACGACAACGCCACCAAUUCCACCAAAGACCUAUUCAUCAUAAGAACAGUUAUAUACGAAAUAGGAGUGUUAACAGACGCUGGAAACGACACAGACUUCGAUAAUAAAACUCACGAGCAAAUCGACUUAUCGUUCUUCGAUCCGGACAGCAACGACACCUUCGUAGAUUUAUCCAACAUCCCGAUUCCUGUACAAACGAACGUCAGCGGCGUUUCCAUAACGGGCAUAAUCCCGGCGAAUUUCGGAAAUCUAGCGCUCACUGAAGAGGGUAAACCGAAUUUAGAGAAUUCCAGUUUACCAUUGUUCCCGAACAAACAAGUAAAAGUCACCCACAAUUACACCACUUACGACUCCGAUAAGGCUUCGUCGAUACUGGAAUUGCUGGGAUUGAAGCAUCCCGAUCGCAGCGAAGAAUGGGAGAAACGACUGGAGACGGUCGAUACCGAAGAAAUCGAAUAAAUGUA